AUGUACCGCCAUGAAAUUCUAACUUUCAUGGAUGCGUACUCGUGGUAUAAUCAGAUAAGCAUGCACCCACCUGACCAAGAACAUACAAGCUUUCGAACGGACGUCGGCUUGUAUUGCUACAAAGUGAUGCCGUUUGGCUUGAAAAACGCUGGAGCCACCUAUCAAAGGUUGGUCAACCGGAUGUUUAAAGAGCAAAUAGGCAGAAACAUGGAGGUCUACGUUGAUGACAUGCUGGUCAAGUCUAAGAAAGCCCAAGGGCACAUCGAAGAUUUAAAAGAAUGCUUUGAGAUCCUAAGACAAUACCGAAUGAAGCUCAAUCCUCUUAAGUGCUCUUUCGGAGUAAGCUCGGGAAAGUUCCUUGGAUUCAUAGUGAACUCUAGGGGCAUCGAGGCUAAUCCAGAAAAGAUAAAGGCAUUGAUCGACAUGAAGUCCCCAACUAAGGUUAAAGACGUCCAAAGCUUAACAGGCCGAAUCGCCGCCUUGAGUAGAUUCGUCUCUAAAUCAACCGACAAAUGUGUCCCUUUCUUCAACAUCCUAAGGGGUAACAAAAAAUUUGAAUGGACUGAGGAAUGCGAAAAUGCCUUUCGAGCUUUAAAGCAGCAAUUAUCCCAGCCUCCGGUUCUUUCGAAACCCCUAGAUGGUGAAGGGUUAAGCUUAUACCUAGCAGUAACAGAACAUGCAGUUAGUGCAGUCUUGGUAAGGGAGGAAGAUAGAGUACAACACCCAGUCUACUAUGUGAGCAAAAGGCUGAUUGGGGCAGAGUGUAGAUACCCCCUCAUAGAAAAGCUUGCAUACUGCCUUAUCUUAGCAUCCAGAAGCUUCGACCCUACUUUCGUGCUCAUCCUAUUAUGGCGUGCCCUGGCUGACUUUGUAGCCGAGUGUACCGGAACGCAAGAGGGCGACCAACCAACAAUGACCAGUGACGUCCAAAGGCCUGACCUGAGCGAUUCACCUGAACCACACGUCCAUAACUCCGAGAAAAAUGAAAACCAAGACUACCCCGGUGAAACCUGGAAGCUACAAGUUGAUGGUUCUUCUACCGACCAGUCAUCAGGAGCGGGGAUCACCCUAACAACACCGGAGGGACAACGAAUUCACACGGCCAUUCGCUUUGGUUUCCCUGCCUCAAACAAUGAAGCCGAGUAUGAAGCAUUAAUUGCCGGUCUGAAACUAGCAAAAGAGCUGAAGGCCAGACACUUAGACAUUUACAGCGACUCCCAGCUGGUUGUAAAUCAAGUUUUGGGGGAGUACAUGGCUAGAGGAGAAAAAAUGAUGGCCUACCUUAGCAAAAUACAAGACUUGCUUGCCCAACUGGAAGGGUACACCAUUCAACAAAUACCACGAGAAGAGAAUGCUACCGCUGAUGCCUUGGCAAGGUUGGCAACAAGUGAAAAGAUAGAUAAAGGCAGCCUUGUGCCAAUAGAAUACUUACCCGAGCCAAGCAUCCACACUAAAGAAGAAGUACUCCUACUCGAUACAACUCAAUCGUGGAUGACCCCCAUAGCCGCUUACUUAGAACAAGGGACAUUGCCCACAAACAAAAACGAGGCAAAGAAAAUGAGAAGGAAGGCCACCCGGUACCUAAUCAUUGAUGGUGUCAUGUAUCGGCGAGGGUACUCAAUGCCCCUACUACGAUGUGUACAUCAAGACCAAGCCCAACGACUAAUGGAAGAAGUCCAUGAAGGUUUUUGCGGUAAUCACGCUGGGGGGCAAAGCUUAUCCAAGAAGGUACUGAGGCAAGGAUUCUUCUGGCCAACCAUGAUAGAAGACUCCAUGGAGUAUGUUCGAAGGUGUGAAAAAUGUCAAAAGUUUGCAAAAAUACCAAGGGCUCCACCCAACGAGCUAACGCAAAUGCAGAGUCCAUGGCCCUUCGCAAUUUGGGGUAUAGACUUGAUCGGUCAGUUGCCUAAGGGCAAAGGAGGAGUGCAAUAUGCGGUAGUAGCAGUCGAUUACUUCACAAAGUGGACAGAAGCCGAACCCCUAGCAACUAUAACAUCCAAGAAGGUGCUUGACUUUGUGGUCAAGAACAUUAUAUGUAGGUUUGGAUUACCCCAUAAAUUGGUAUCUGACAACGGUACCCAGUUUGAUAGUGUCCUGUUCACAAAUUUCUGCAUUAAGCAUGGCAUAGUAAAGAGCUUCUCGGCGGUCUCGCACCCCCAGUCAAACGGGCAGGUAGAGGCGGUGAAUAAGACCUUAAAAGACACUUUGAAGAAAAGACUCGAAGAAGCGAAAGGAAGCUGGCCAGAGCAAUUACCCGAAGUUUUGUGGUCAUAUAGGACGACAGAAAGAACGGCUACUGGUGAUACCCCCUUUGCCCUUGCUUAUGGGUAUGAUGCGAUGAUACCGGUCGAGCUAGACCCACCCUCCCACCGACGAGUGACAUACAACCAAGUCAGUAAUCACCAGAUGAUUAAUGAAUCGUUGGACCUAUUGGAAAAUCGUAGGGAAGCCUCACAAAUACGGUUAGCAGCAUACCAACAAAAAGUAGCCAGAUACUUUAAUUCAAAAGUUAAGGAAAGAAGCUUCAAGGUAGGAGAUCUAGUACUACGCAGAGUCUUGGCCAACACUAAAGACCCAACAGCAGGAGUAUUGGGGCCAAAUUGGAAAGGUCCAUAUGAGGUUACAGAGGUUGUACCCCCCGGCACGUAUAGGCUCGGCCGGUAUGACCCUAACAUGAACCUUAUACCAGUACCCCGAUAUUGGAACGGCCAACACCUCCGCAAAUAUUAUCAAUAA